ACGAUCAACGAGGGGACACGGUAGACGGUAUUUUUGGAACAGACGAUCGCAUCUCGGGAAAGGGUAGAACAGAGAGUUCGUUGAGGAGUGGCCUUGGUCGACAUUUCCUCUUUCGAAGCCCUCCAAAAUUAUUCUAUCGGAACGACGGAGAAAGAAAAGAAAGAAGAAAACGACGACGAAUCAGUUCCCUGUUUUGGAGGUCGACGACUGGCGCUUUUGACAACCGGCUCGCCGAUUAGUGGGUAUUGAGAUGGGGUAUUUGAGGAAAUGGUUUGCCUCUCCGAUCAAGUUUAGGGAAGGAAUGGCUUUUUUUGGCUCUCGGAGGAACCAGGCUGCUGAAAUCUUGCAGCAAUUUGGCAUGGGAAUCACAGCUAUGCCGGGCUGUUUAGCCGGAACAAAGUGUGAGACAGGAAGUCUGCUAAUGGCCUCGGAUAGUCGCCUAAACAGUCGUCGUAGGUUUUCAAAUUCUCCAAGGGAAGAGCAGCCUUCGAGCAGGAACUGGUUGGCACGACUUUGGGUGGAAGAGAGGCGAAGAGUGAAAGUAUGGAAUGGAGGAGUGAAGAGACAGUCCGCUUCAAAUGCUCAAGAUGGCGCCACUUUGCUUUAUACUUUCGCUUCUCAGCUUCCUUUUCUCAAGUUAUUUCCUUAUCAGCUCCCAUUUUUCAAGUCAAUUAUAAGAGAACCAGAUCAGGUCGACCAAGAUUCUGUUAUUAACAAAACCAUGCAUCAUCCAAAAAUCAGUCAAUAUGAUGGUGAUUUUCUGCCCCCAAGUUCCCCAGAGGAGGUCAAACUUGCACCACUUCUUUCCAGAGACAAUUUGGUUAUUAUUAGAGACAUAGAAUGGGCAAGUAUCAUGUUCGCAUUUGAACAGGAGAGCCGCUAUGUAGUAAUGGAUGUUUGUUAUCCUCAGUCACCUGUGGCUUUCAUUCGAGAGAGAAGUAAUGUUAUUUCUAGGCAGCUACUUCGUGGGAGGCGCCCAUUUGUCGCCCAUAUGUUUGAUGCCAUGGGCAAUGAAGUAUUUAGGGUUCAUAGGCCCUUUUGGUGGAUAAACAGCACCAUAUAUGCAGAAGUAGAUGGUAAGGAAAUUGGUGUAGUUCACAGACGUUGGCAUCUUUGGCGGAGAAUUUAUGAUUUAUACUUGGGAAACAAGCAAUUUGCUGUUGUUGAAAACCCUGGUUUCUGGAAUUGGACAUUUACGCUAAAGGAUGAAAAUGGUAAUGUGCUGGCUCAAAUUGAUCGUAACUGGAGAGGUAUUGGUCUAGAGCUUUUCACAGAUGCUGGUCAGUACGUGAUACGAUUUGGGGAUGCCGAUUCACUUCCUCAUACUGAACCUGAUAGUAUUCAAGAGUUUAAAGUUGCUCGUCCAUUGUCUCUUUCUGAAAGAGCUAUCACUGUUGCUCUUGCUAUUUCUCUGGAUAACGACUACUUCUCCACCUAUGGAGGCUGGGGACUCCCCUUUCUCGUUGCUGGCGAAUAGGAACUCAAAUCUUGCAACUCGGGUCAUGUUUGGGGAGCUGAACGUAAGGACACCCGCUCUCAAAACAAUUUACUUUGUCUUCUCAAAAGCUUUGGUUUUAUAUCUGUCAGAAACCAAUCAGUGUGUUUGAAGCUGUUCUUGUUGGUUUCAACUUUCAACUACAAGAUAAUAAACCCACUGGAUAAAUAAAAGGGAAGAAUUCUUAAAUUUA